CUGCGGAAAACGGAGAAUCUACGGGAGUCAGUGCAAUUCGCGUCGCGACGGUCUUCGCUCAUCCGAUCCGUACUCGAAGGGCCAAACGAGGGUUAUAACAACGACGAGAAAAUCUUUCAAAGUAAAUCACGCGAAAUUCAAUGGUAUAACGUGUGCCUAUUAUUUAUCGUCACGUUCAUUCUAUUUGUCGCUCGUCCUUCGUCGGUUUUCGUUCAAGAAAUUUGUCCUCCUUUAUCAAAAUAAUUUAUUUCAAGUCGAAUGCGAGUGCGUUUAUUCGUCGUAUUAAACGUCGAUCGCGAGUGCUAUAUUGGGAAAGUUAAACAGUUAUAAAAAAAAAAGGAAAGGGGAAAAAAAAAAAAAACAAAAGAAACAGAAAUGAAAAAGAAUCGAUCGAUUCGUUCUUUCGUACUUUCAAAUAUUAUCGAUCGAAACGUUGCGUGAUAAAUCCACGUAAACGUUUACGUAAGACGUAUAUUUUAUUUUUUCGUUUCGAUAAAAAAAAAAAAAGAAAAAAAAAAGAAAGAAAGAAAAAAGAAAUAGGAGAAAAAAAACUAAAACAUACAUUACGAAGGAAUUGAUUCGUAUGCUCGACGUUAGAUUACAAAGAAUACAAGAGCGAUCUUUAUCCUUCAAACCGAGUGACACAUCGAUUUUGCGUAUCCUAGCGCGAAGUUCAGCAUUAUUGGAAAAGUACGACGAAGUACUUGAAGUAAAUUUAUAAGACACGGACUUUCCAUCCCGGGCGUUUCAUCAACCCUCUCUUUCUUCAACAUCUUCGUUCCCUUUUUCCCUUUGACGUUCAUCUUUCACUCUUUCACCUCGACCCUUGGCUUUCUUUGGAAGGCUAGCUUUUACCUUUCUAGAACUUCGCUCUAUUUCUUUCUGUCCUUCACUUUCAAGCUCUCGAUUAAAUUGCAUUCAAAACUCAAUUCUAACCAGGUAAUAAUAAUGAUCGGAAGCUCUUACAACAAUUAUGAAUGUAGAAACUUUGCGGGCGAACCUUUGAAAGUUAGUUUCUAUUCGACACCCUGCCCCCCGUAGUCCUUUUCUAUCUUUCUCUCUCCCUGACUCUUUCCAUCUCUCUCCAUCUAAUUCUUUCCCUUUCUCUCUCUCUCUCUCUCUCUCUCUCUCUCUCUCUCUCUCUCUCUUUCUCUUUCUCUCUCUUUCUCUUUCUCUCUCUUUCUCUUUCUCUUUCUCCAUCUUAAAUCUGAUAACUUUCAAUAAACGAGAACGAAUAAUGAAAUUUAUCUAUAGUAUCCAUGAAUCAAUCGACUGUUGAAUCGGAAUUCUUUUACAUAUGUACGCCCGUGGGGAAAGAAGUUCUUCCCUUUUACAAUUCGUAACCAUUUCAAUGACGAUUCAACAAGCGUUGAAAUUAAUUGUCACGUUUUCAAACGCGAACGCAUAUGUUUAAAGUCGUUACACAUAUGCGUAAGCACGUUUUCUCGGUAUACAGUGUAAUAUUUAAAUCAAACGUGUACGUUCAUUCAAAAACGUUAUAUUAGUUUGAUAUCACGCAAUGAAAACGAUCGAAUGGAAAACAAUAAUACCGUAUCAAUGGACGACCUUUUCUGUAUUAAUAAACAUACCAGAUCGUGAUUGGAUAGGUAUACUCUCAAAAGCGUGUUUAUCAACAGAAUCUGAUUUGGUCCUAUACGUAAACACGUACUCCUCAGAACGUCAGUAUAUUAUCUGUUAAUCAAUCUACGAGGACGUAUUUUCAAUCUCUCUCGAAUCGUCUUGAAGAAAAACUUUGGAUAUAAUUAAAAGACGUUCUCGUAAAGAAACUUGUAUCUUAAUCCCAGGAUAGAAGUUGGCCUGCAUACGCGUAUAGAUCUAUAGAAGGAUUCAAUUAAUCAUAGAUACAAGUUUGAAGUGGUUCACGAACAAGAUGAUUGGUCCGUGAGAAGCCUCAAGGGAUAUUGCGAAGAGUACGAGAGAGAUGGCAAUAGACCAAUCCUCCAAGCCCCUUGGAAAAAGGUUUCCGUUUGAUCUGGGCAGCAAAGCCACCGAAUAACAAGGCAGGCAAUAGGAUAAAGACCGAGUGCCGGAUGUAGUGAGUGCUUUCGAGAAUGGAGAAGAACGACUUAGAGACAGAAGAAAUAAGAUAAAGAGAAUUGGAAGAAGAAGAAGAAGAAGAAGAAGAAGAAGAAGAAGAAGAAGUUCUUGGUUCUUCUACGAUACGUAAUUUGACCUUAAGAAGAAGAAUACGUUGAAAGUGGAAAAGAGAAAAGAAAGAAAUCGAAAGGAUCUGUUAGUAUUUUAUGGACGCUCUUGACGCCAAUGAUUUUGUCUUUAGAGAAAAGGAGAAGUACAAGAGGAAGAAUAUAUUUUGGCAUUCAUGAAAAAAAAAAGAAAUAAAAUCUGUGAGAAGAUAAUGAAUGUAAGAGACCGUCCUCUGUUGGAAUGUAAAUUUUUCCUCAUAAAAUUUCCAUCGAUGUAAAUCAAACUAUUUCCGCUCGUUAUACUCGAUCGAUCGUAUUGGAUUGUUGAAAUAAAAAAAAAAAGAAAAAAAAAAGAAAAAAAAAAGAAAAAAAAAGAAGAAAAGAAACAAACAAAUACUAUGCCGGGUCGUUAUAUAUUCAUUGACUAAAAGUUUCGCGUAAAGUGAAUAGGACGAGAGGAGUAUAGGACAGGGGAAAAUAAACGUGUAUACAUACAUAUAAUUUCCGUGUAUACAUAUAUAUAUAUAUAUAUAUAUAUAUAUAUAUAUAUAUCUUUAUAACGACGUAGGUGAUAUCGUGUGCUACUUAUGUCAUUAUUUUGACAUAGAACGCUGGAGACAUAGUGACAUAGCGCGAUUACGUUGUGGUUCUUGAAAUUGAAAGGAAAAAGAAGAGGAGCAAAAAAGGAAAAUUUAAAGAGGAAAGGAGUGUGCGAGGAGCCAAGAAAGAUGAUAUUGAGGCGGAGGACUGAUUGAAGGAGAAGAAGAGAGAGAAAGAGAGAGAGAGAGAGAGAGAUGGCGACGAACAAGGACACUAGUGUAACGAGUGUGGCGCGUUGGAGUUUAUGGUUUGGUGCCGUACUCCUCGCAACAGCGUCCUUGGUCUAUUCUCAGGUCACGUGGACGCCGAUCUACGUUGGCGGACACAGCGGAUCCGAAAGAAAAGUGGACCUUUGGACGCAGAGCACAACGGGCUGUGCUUGCAGCUUCAAUUCGUCUAGCAACGAGUGCGCUUGUUGCGUACCCUCCGGUGGUUGCAGCUGCGGCACAGCUUCGCCCAACAGGUGCGCUCAAUGUGGCCUCGAGCAACACUGCGCCAACAUGUGCAAUAUAACGCUGGAUAGCAGAUUGUUAUUCAGUAAAUCGGAUCGUGGUUUUGGACAAAUAAAAUCGCCGUAUCUCGAAGGUCCUUCAAGGUGUACGUACAGAUUCGUCCCGGAUACUGGACAGAGAGUCGAAUUACAGAUCUAUCGUCUAGUUUCUAUUGGACGUCACAACGGCUCCGCGUGCCAGGGUGGCUGGCUUCAAUUCGAGGGUGGAGCUCGAGUCUGCGGUCGCAACAAACGAUUCGACCGACCGGUCGUCCUCUUUUCCGACAAGCCGGUCGCGACCCUUCACAUGCAAAUAAACGAGAACACGACGAGAUCCCAGUUCUUGGCAUACUUCAGUUUCUCAUCCAAAGCGAGUACGUCCGUUGGCUGGCCAGUAAAAGGUGGACACCCGGUUAACAAUACAGAAUGCGACUGGGUCUAUGAGAACACUGAUUGUCACGACGGAUGCGUUCUAGCUAGUCCAGGAUAUCCUGGCCUAUAUCCGCCGAACAUCCGGUGUCGGUAUCUCAUAACUUCUGGUCCACGAGUCUCCAUCGCCAUCAACUUUACCGGCGUUCUACUUCCGCACAAUCAUUGUACGAGCGACUAUAUCGCCGUUUAUUCGGGUCCAACGACCUCGAGUCCGCUCCUGAAAAUGCUCUGUGGCAAAGAGAAAGCAUCGAUGAUAUACAAUGGGCAAGAAGUACUCGUUGAAUUUAGAGCUGGCCCAGAGGUAUCUCCAUUUGAUUACAAUGGUUUCGUGGCGACGGUAAAUUUCAUCGAAAUCACAACCGAAAUACCUAAUACGAUUACCCCAGAAUCGGCCAAUAAAACUUCGGAUAUCAUGAAAUCGGCUGGGAGUCAUUUUUACAACGUGAGAUAUAACAAUCGUGACACUGACGAGCAUCGUAAAGAUCAAGGAUCCUCGACUGGAUAUAGCUGUGACCUUGAAGUAAACGGGGAGAAAGUUCGUUCAGGUCAUCACGAUACAAGAGGAAAGAUCAAGUCAACAACCUGCCGGCUCGUCCUUCGUGGUGGUACUUAUCAUACCGGACACGUUUCCUUGACCAGUUAUAAUCUCAGCGCGCAAUCGUGUCAAUCGAUGAUCGAGAUAUUCGACGGUAUACCGGAAGGUGGAAUAGCGAACACGGUGAAGUCCCUCGUGCGAAUUUGCAGUCCGGCACAAAGGCUACCACGAGAGUUUGCUCGACGAGAUGAAUACGUCGAGCCAAAGCGAUACUCAUCCAACGGUAGAGACAUGACGGUGGUCUUAAGGCGAGCCACAAACAAUACUACUGACGAAGAAUACAUGGACGUAUCUUAUUAUUUUCACAACGAACGCGAAGGUGGUACCCAACAACCCGGAAGCUUAUGCGACGUAGAAUAUUAUGGAUUAACUUCAUUGGAGGAAGGUACCGUUGUACAUCCAGAACCACAUCGAUUGUUCGCCGUAGAGGGCCCAGCAAAAUGCAAACAACAUUUUAUUCCUGCGACCAAUCAGUCGGUCAUUAUAACCGUGGAAAGCAGUUCAAAACAGAUAUCGAAUAAUCUCUGCGAAACGAAAUGCGGCGACAGCGGGUGUCAUUGCGUCAGUAAUAAAUCAUUGGAGAAUAUGGAUCAUCUUCUGCUCGUCUCUGAAACUGGUCAUGUCGUCACCUGUCUCUGCGGAAACUAUCAGGACUGGCUGCCAGUAGGAAUACGAAGUUGGACACCGGUUUAUAUCGAAUGGUCGAGAUUUUCGAUGGGUGGUCUGAAUUUUCGUGCCGCUUAUAAGUUCGUCAAGGAUACUUAUUGCGGUGAUCACACGACGAGAAAACUUGAGGGCGAGGUGAACGGUGGCGACCUAGCUAAAGCUGGCUUAAAGCUCAAUCAGUAUUAUCAGCAAAAGUGUACUUGGAUCUUAGAAUCUCUGACCGAUCGACAGAUUACCAUCGAGGUGAAGUCCAAUCAGAGUAGACCAUGUACGGCAUGGAAUCUCACCAUCCAUAAGUACAACGAAAACGGUGAUCCCGCGGGAGAAAGAUUGCACACAUUUUGCUCGAGGGACGUGCACAAAAAUUUCACGCUACCUUGGAAGGAGAAUACCGCUGUAGUUAGAUUACAAGCCUUGGGUAGAACAGCGCCUCAAUAUACCAUGAAAUGGAGAAGCCAUACUGUUAUCGCUAAUACCCGACAAAGUGGACCAUCGCCAGCACCAAAUCACAUUACCGAUUCCUCGAUUAAUAUUAAACCAAAAAAGAAAAUUAUUUUCACCUUCCUCCUGAUAUUAUUAUUGAUCUAUUCGAUCGAUUGUUGAGGACUUUCUAUUCCUUGGCUAAUCACGAUCUAAACGUUCCUGUUAAUUAAACGAGCCUAAAUUUUACGUUGUGUAUAUAAAAUACGUCGAUAAAGAGAAAGAAUUUAAUUAACGUUAACGUUCAAUCUGAAGUAACUUUGACAAUUCAAAAAAAAAAAAGAAAGAGAGAGAUAGAGAGAGAGAGAGAGAGAGAGAGAGAGAGAGAGAGAGAAAUAAAAUGUUAAUCAAGUCCACCAUAAGAUUUUGAAAAUGUCGACUAUAUUAUUACUAUUUUACAAAGAAAUUAUUGUCGUAUCUAUCGACAAAUAUAUACGGGUAUAGUUUAUUUUUUGUAAACUUUAUUUUACCGAGAGUAAUCACUUUUUUUUCUUUUUUUUUUUUUUUUAUUUUUAAUCAAGAAUAAAGAAAUACCUUUAAAUAACACGUAAACUCGUAUUCGCACGUAUACCCGUAUAGGAUUUAAAAAUUUGUCAAAAUCGUUUUCUACAAUAAAAAAGAUAAAUAAAUAAAUAAAUAAAUAAAAAGAAAAAAAAAGGAAAGGGAAAGAAAAGAGGAAGAAAAAAAUGCGGAUUUAGAUAUCGUGGAUAGAUUGAUAAAAAAAUUCUUUGUAAUAUUGUUCGGUAAAUUAACUGAUACGACAAACACGUAGAAGUUUAUAAUAUAAAAAUCACAUUAAAAAAAAAAUUAAUAAAAGAAGAUGGAAGCGUCUGGCAAAAUCGACUAUCUUGUAAAACUAAAAGCUAUAUCAAGCUCGAAAUCACACAGUGAAUGUAAAUAUUAUAUAUAUAUAUAUAUACAUAUACAUAUACAUACAUAUAUACAUACAUAUAUAAAUAUACAUAUACAUAUAUACAUAGAAAAUUGAUUUGCAACAAAGGCGAUGCACGGAUUUGAAUUAUCGAAAAAACACACUUUCUCUAUAGCGCGAAUGCCAAAUUAGACGCGUAAGAAAAAGAUUUAAAAAAAGAAAAAAAGAAAAAAAAAGAAAAAAGAAGAAAAAAGAAGAAAAAGAAAGAACGUAUAUAUAGGGAGAUUGUAAAUACGUAAUAAACUUAAUAGGAUUUGUACAGAAUAAAACGAAUUAAUUAAGUCGACGGAAAAUUAUUAUAUGUAAGAUAUACAUAUAAAUAUAUAUACAUAUAUAUAUAUAUAUAUAUAUAUAUAUAUAUAUAUAUAUAUAUAUACACUUAUAAGAUAUUGAUAUUUAUAACGACACGCGAUUCUAUGGAUAAAAGAAAUGGAACAAAUGUAUUUUAAAGAACGAGCUUUAUACCCGAGGCACCUUCGAAUUUAUUGUUACAUAUAUGUUGUGAUAAUCAUUGCGACAAAUGAUUGUCACAUCUUCCUACGCUAAAAAUUCAUUUCUAGUAUAGAAAUCUUAGUACGAGCGAUCAUAUCGAUAGCAACAAAACGUUCUUGUUGCAAUUAUGCAUUUAUAAUUGUUACAUAAUUCAAUGAAUCUUUUAUGCCUUCGUUAUUCUUUGACAAUGGGUCAUUGACAGAAAAAGAUUUCUUACACAAAAGUGCUACUUAAUGCGUCAUUAGCAAGGACAUAUGUUAAAGCAUGUAAAGCAUGUAACAAAGAGGAAAAACAAAAACAAAACAAAAAAAAAAAGGAAAGAAAGAAAAAAGGAAAAGAAAAUGAAUGUUUAACGAUAUUCAUAUACGAUAUUAAUGGUUUAAUACGCGGCUACGAGAAAAAAGGUAUGAGGAAAGAGAAAAAAAAAAAAAGAAAAAAAAAAGAAAGGAAAGCAAAAAAGAUUAUAAAAUCAUCUUAACGUUAUCCGUCGACGACGCGUCAAAGGAAAAAAAAAAAAGAAAAAAAAAAAAAACGAAAUAAUUUCAAGCGCAACCAAUCAAUCCCAUUAUCGUAAUAUCUAUGAGAUUUAUUACAUCAAUGGGAAUCCUCAUUAAUUUCAUAGCACUGAGAUUAAAUUUUGAUGAUCAUACACUUUUUUAGAAUACCUUUCUUAUCUAUAAGCGGCCUAUAAAUAUAAUAACUAACUUUCAUCCUUCCAUAUCUUUUGGCGAAAUUUUUUUUUUCUAUCUACAAAAGCUUACGGAAUUUAUUUUCUAUAUAAUAAGAUUUCGUUGUAAAAAUUUCAUGAAGACUGACUAGUUUUCGAUGUGUCCCAUUUUAAAUAUAUAAAUAAUACGUUUAUGUCCAAUUAGUAAUUUCAUAUUGCGAAUAAAUUGUUUCAGCUAUUGUAAAGUAAAAAAAAAAAAAAAAAAAGAAAUUAAAAAAAAAUAAAAAAAAAAGAUAGAAGGAAAGAAAGAAAGAAAGAAAGAAAGAGAGAAAAAAAGAAAGGAUGAGAAAAGAAAAAAGGAAAAAAACGAUGCAGAGUAAAAUUUUCCAAAUCACGUCGAAAAGUUAAAUGAAGGAAAAAAAGAGAAUUGUAAUUUUUGACGAAAGUCUGCGUAUGAUUAGCACCGACUGCGUAUUAAACGGAUGACUUGUAUGACAUUAAAGAAGCACAGGUUUUAAUUAUUCCAAUGAAUCAUUGAAGAGUUUAAAAAUGCGACUUGCGUGAUGGUUUGGUGUGUUAAAUCGGUUAUGUGCUUCCUCCGAAAAAAAAAAAACAGCGGCAACUAUUUCACAUUUAUUCGUCGCCUCUUUUUAGAAAGAAGUUUAAAGUGUAUUCACAUUGAUUGAUUAAAAGAAAAAAAGAAAAUAAAACAAAAAAAAAAAGAAAAAGAAAAAGAAAAAGAAAGAAAGCAGAAAAAAAUAAGGUGUGAAACGAUUUAGAUCGAAAGGAUUUUUAAAUUUUUUCACUUUAAGUGAAAUUACCGAUUUUGCACAAGAUACGUCUUACUUAUAGGGAGAAUACAUGUUACAUGUAAUAGUUACGUAUAUAUAAGUCACAAUAAAUAGUCAAUUGUUUCAUAUAAAGUAUAAAUAAAGUAAAAUAAAAUAUUCGCUUUUUUCUUUCCUAUCUUUUUGUUCCUCCAUAAACAGAUCUUUUGUUUUGUCUCUUAUACAUAAACAGCACUCCAUAAAAAAGAAUACAAUUUAUUCACAUUGAAAUUCUAAUACAACUUAUAAGUGUGUGUAUGUAUGUGUAUAUAUAUACAUAUAUAUACAUAUAUAUAUAUAUAUAUGUAUGUAUAUACGUGUAUAUAUAUGUACUCUAUUUAUAAGAUAAAAAAUGCAUACUUGAAAGUAAUACAUCUCAUUACCAUCUAUUAUCAUACAAUAUUCUAUAAUAUUAAUUUACAAAUUUCUCAUACUCAUAUAAUAUAAAAUAUAAUAUAAAAUUGACUUAAAGAUUCGUUUAAUAAAAAAAAAAAAAACAUAGCAUUAAUAAAAUUAAUUUGUAACAUAUAUAUAUGCAUAUAUAUAUAUAUAUAUAUAUGUGUGUGUAUAACAAUGCAACUAUAUACAUCAUAUAAAAAUUACAUCUUUGAAACUCAGAAAGUUUAUCAUAUAACUCGAAAAAUAUGAAAGAUGUGUACUUUAUGUAGAAAGACUUUAAUUAAUAAUAAUAAUAAUAAUAAUAAU